UUUGCUUUUCAUGCGGCUCAUGGCGGUGUUGUCAAAAUUUAUUCGCAAUUGAUGCGGGUUUUUCGUGUGUUUUUCUGCAAUGUUUCGUGGAUUUUGGUGAAUAAAAUGCUAAAGAAAGUGCCAUUAGUUGUGAUACUUGGUUCCACAGGAACUGGGAAGACGAAACUUUCUCUAGAAUUGGCGAAAAAGUACGGGGGAGAAAUCAUAAGUGCCGAUUCAAUGCAGGUGUACAAAGGUCUGAAUAUUGCCACUGCAAAAGCUACGACGGCUGAACAACAAGUUGCACCUCAUCAUCUGCUUGAUGUAGCCCAACCUGGAAUACCCUAUACCGUAGUCGACUUUCGAAAUUCUGCACAUCCAAUUAUAAAUGAUUUAUUGGGACGCAAUAAAAUGCCAAUUGUUGUUGGUGGAACGAAUUAUUACAUAGAAAGUCUACUGUGGAAUGUUCUUAUGGCUCCAACAUCCAGUUCGGCAUCAACAAACCAAGAGUGUGGUGUGAAGAGAAAAUUGGACAACAGUGACAGUGAAUCUGAUGAUAUGUUCCACAUAGACACCAUCAAAAGAUUUACAACGCAACAAAUGAAUGAGAUGGAAUCGUGUGAUCUUCACAAAUGUCUCCAGCAGAUUGACCCAAUUACAGCCAAUAGAUUGCAUCCCAACAAUAAGAGGAAAAUAAUUAGGGCAAUUGAGAUAUUCAAUUCAAGUGGGAAGUCUAUGAGUUCCCUGUUAGAGGAACAGAGAAGUCAGGAUGGUGGCUCUAAUCUUGGUGGACCACUUCGCUAUAAAAAUGUCAUUCUCUUCUGGCUUCAAUGUGAACAGGAAAUUCUUAAUAGACGACUUGACUCACGAGUUGAUUCUAUGUUGGAAAAUGGUCUUUUGGCAGAAAUACGAAACUUCCAUGAGAAUUUCGUAAAACCGUUCACUGAUAAGGACUAUACAAAAGGCAUCCUGCAAACAAUAGGUUUCAAAGAAUUUGUGCCAUAUUUGGAGAAAUUUUCUCGUGAUGAAGAUGACAAAAUUUUGCAAUACACCAAUCUCAAGGAUGAUAAAAUGGAUAUUCCGCAAGGGCUUGAGAUUUUAACCAAGUGUCUGGAAGAAUUAAAAUUAGUAACGAGGCGUUACUCGAAGAAACAGAGUAAAUGGGUACGAAAUCGAUUUCUUGGGAAUCUCUCUCGAGAUGUUCCACCUUUGUACAAAUUGGACACAACAGAUCCAUCAAAAUGGCAAGAAGAUGUCUAUGGACGGGCGGAAGAUGUAAUUGAGGCCUUCAUUGGCGAUAGAAUGCCCAAAAUAGAGCCAGAGAAACGAUUUCCUGGACCUAAAGAGGGACUCAAUGAUGAGGUGACCAACUUCUGUGAAGUCUGUCAACGGACUUUCGUUGGUGAAUUUCAGUGGAAAAUUCAUCUGGAAUCCAAAAAGCACAAAAGGAUUCAGAUCAAGAAGGCAAAAAGUGACAAAUAAACAGCAAUGCCCAAAAUUUCUCGUGCUAUAACAUUUUUAUAGUUCAGGUUUCCUUUCAUGAAAGUAAUUAACCAACAACAAUUAUAUUUUUUUUAAUAUAUGUUUUUUUUCUCUAUCUUUCACACUAUAUAUAUGUACAUUAUGUGUAUACUUCCAAGACAUUUUUUUUGCAAUUCAAUGAACAGUUGGAUCAUUUGUAAAGUAUUUGGGUUGUUUUAGAAAGAAGUUUAGAUUAGGAAAGUGGUUACGAUAAGAAAUCGUAGUUAAACUGAAAAAAAGCGAUAAAACGAAAAAGACGUGAAUCAAGAGUCUGUCGUAUAAGAAAUGCAUAGUCGUAACUAUAAUAAUUUAUUAAUAUUUCUUCGCACGUAUCAUGAGUUUCUUUUUUAAAUAUAGAAUAUUCUCUUCAUUCUACGCAAAAUUAUUGUUCUUUCUCUGCGAUAGUUAUUCAUUAUCUUGCAUGGAUCCACGAUUUAUUAUUACAGUUAAUAUCGUCGUUUAUUUAUAAUUCGUUCUUUUCUUGCAUGUUUUUCUUCAACAAUUUUUUAAUUUAAUAUUUAAUGCAUUAAUUGUUAUUGUCCUGUUGGGAUAAUAUCUUUUUUUUUCUUUAUUCUCGCUUAUCUAAAAAAAAACAGCAAUAAAUAUUCUCAUACCAUUCUGUAAAUAAUGCGUGUUCUCAUUGGAACAGGAAAUACAGAAGCAACAUUUUAUUGUCAUUUUAUAAGAACAUGGAUAUUUCAUCUCUGAAUUUUAAUAACCUUGUUUUUUUUACUUACGCACAUUUGAAUUAAUAACAUUUUAAAGAUGCAUUUCACCAUUUUUGAUAAAUAUUUAAUACAUAUAUGUAAUAUUGAUUAAGAAAUUAUUAUGUAUAAUUUUCUUUUGGGCCAUCACUCAAAUUAUUCGUGGUUAGAAGUAAGUCCAUAUCAUAUUUAGAGUAUCUCUUAGGCAAAUUAUUUUUUAUUCAUCAUUUUUUUUUUGUAAGGCAAAAUGACAAUUAAACCGUUUAAAAAAAAUAAAA